CGCCGGGCCAGCCGGUUCCUGCAGGCCAACCCCGAGCAGGCCGCCGUCCUCAGCCACGCCGCCCACGACUCGUACUCGGCCAUCGUCGACGACGAGUCCGCGCUCUUGGACGAGGACGCCACGUGGCUCCGCGACCAGCGGCGCCACCACAAGUCGCUCCACUGGCUCCGCCGCCCGUCGGUGGUGAUGAUGGGCACGGUGAUCUUCUUGAUUGCGUUUGCCACCGCGUCCGCCGAGGGCACGCGCCAGAUGAUCCAGUUGCGGCUCGCGUGCAACUCCGUCAAGGCCCGCACGCAGCAGGACGUGUGCGACGCGGGCCAGACGCAGGUGCUCGUACUGAGUCUCCAGCAGGCGUACUCGGUGGCGCGCGGCGUGGCCGUCAUGGUGGCGCUGGGCAAGGUGGGCCCGCUCUCGGACCGCCACGGGCGCAAGGUGUUCUUGGUGGCGGCGCUCCUGUGCGCCGCGGCGGGCCUUCUCGCCAAGUACACGCUCAUGGCGCUGUACGCCACGCUCCCGGCCCGCCUGUUGGUGGCCGUGGAGCUCGUGCUGAACUGCGCGGGCGGCAGCCUCGCCGUCUUGACCUUGGCCAACUGCUACGUGUCGGACAUCGCCGAGGCCCACCAGCGCACGUACUACAUGGGCAUCAACGUCGCGUGCUUCUUCGCGGGCAUGUCCACGGGCCCGGUGGCGGGCAACGCCGUGCUUGCCUUCUUCCGCCGCCACGCGCCCGCGGCCUCGCAGCCGGCGGCCACGUACGGGCCCGGCUUGGGCGGCGCGGACUUCGCGCCGUUGCGCCUCGAGCUCUGGCUCUUCUUCGGCAUCCUCGCGUUCGCCGUGUUCGUGUUGCCCGAGUCCCGCGGCGCCGCGGCCCGCCGCAUGUCGCGGUCGCUCUCGCUGGCGCUGCUGAAGGCGUUGUUGCGGGCGGCGGCGCCGCCGCGGCGCCGCGACGCGGUGUGCCGCUCGCUCAACUUCCUCCGCCCGGUGCGCCUUGUGUUCUACCCGAGGGACAGCGUGCACCGGCUGCGCCACCGCGCCAUUGCCCGCACGCGCGUCGCCGUGCUCCUGUUGGUGGUGGCCGAAUGCUUGAUCACCAGUUUCGGCGCGGCCAUGGGCGAGGUGUACAUCCUCUACGGCGUGUACAGGUUCCAGUGGGCGGCCAGCGACAUCGGGCGCUUGAUGGCCGUCACGUGCCUGGGCCGGGCCGUCAUGUUGGUCGUGGUGUCGCCCGUGCUCACGCGCAACGUGUGCCAGGGGCGCUUGGGGCUCCGGCCCAACAGGCGGCGCUUCGACAAAAUCGACUUUGCCGUGGUCGUGCUCGCGUUUGCCUGCGAGUGCGCCGGCCACCUCGGGCUCGGCGCGGCGCGGAGCGGCGCCGUGUUCCUCGGCUGCUUGGUGUUCAACUCCGUGUCGUGCGUGGCCGCGCCGGCGCUCAACUCCGCCAUCAUCAAGUUCUACCCGGAGGCCAAGAUCGGCGAGGUCUUUGGCGGCAUAGCGAUCGUGAAGAACGUGUUCUCGAUCGUGUGCCCCGUGGCCAUCCUCGCGCUCUACAAGACCGCGCUCUCGCGCUGGAACUACCCGCAGGUGAUCUUCUUGGUCUUGGCCGGUGUUUUCGCG